GAGUUUCCGGCGAGUCGAUCGUUAUAGCCAUGGCUAGGGUUUGAUGAGCUAGAUUGAAUCGUCAGCAGUAGAACCCAUAUAAAUCUAUAAAUCCCUCUCUGGGUUGUUCUCUAAUGGCUCGACAAGGGAACGCUUUUGCCCUUUUGUUGGACGAGGAGGGCGAUGAUGUCACGACCCUUGUCGCCAACGUUGCCGCCAAGGUUGCAUCUUUGUCCCCUAUGGAUACGAAGCAGCAACCGCAGCAGAAGAAUCAGCAGUCUGGUUCUGUUUCUUUGGGUAAAGGGAACGAAACCGUGAGAGCGGAGGGAGGGAGAGGAAGAGAUGACCGUGGACGUGGGUCGGGGAGGGAUGUUGGUGGGCAGUUUGGGAACGGCCGUACCAAUGGUUACCAGCGCAACUAUGGGGAUUCUAAUGGGUUCGCUGCCGAUGAUACCAUGCGAGGGCGUGGUAAGGGAAGAGGUGGGCAUGGGCGUGGCCGUGGAAGAGGAGGAUUCAAUGAGGAUCGUAGGUUUGGGAAUGGAGGUCAGCAGAAGUUUAGUGGCAGUGAAAAUCAAGGUCAGGGUGGUGGUGAUGGUGCUGGUGGUGAUGGUGAUGCUGGUGAUGGUUGGGAAGAGGUUGGUGGUUCUCAUGGUCGACCUUUUAGAAAGGAAAACAGGGAGUUCAGGAAUGAUUAUCGUAAUGGAGGUGGUGAGAGGAGGCAAAAUUAUGGUGAGCGUGAUGGGGGGAGGUAUAGUAGGAAUGAAGGACAGAACGGUUUUGAUAAGAAGGAGGAACAGUUUGAUUCUAAAGAUCAAACAGGAAACAAUGGGAAUAGCAACAAUGGAGGUGAACGGGGUGCUCCUGAAAACACUGAAGUGCCAAAAGCUGCAGAACCUGAGCAAGGCAAGUCUGAACAAGUGGCAUCUCAAGACAUUGCUGACAAAAAUUCUCUAGAGAAAGAAGAGGAGGAUAAGAAAAUGACCCUUCUCCAAUAUGAGAAACUAUUGUCCGAAAAAAGAAAAGCCUUGGAAGCGUUAAAGACUGAAGAAAGAAAGGUUGCUCAGGACGAAGAUUUGGAGUCGAUGCAACGUGUCGGAAAAAAGAAAGAGGAAGACCUUUUUAUUAAGCUGAAAUCUGAAAAGGACAAGCUUAAAAAGAAGGAUAGCCUUGAGAAGGAAGAGAAAGUUCGCAAGUCAAUGGACAUAACUCAGUUCCUGGGUCAACGUGGACGGGGUCGUGGACAGGGUCGGGGUCGUGGGCAUGGUGGAUUUAGGGAAGAACCUCAAGAUAGUGAGGCUGCUCCUGCACCUCCCAUUAAGGCUGCUCCUGUACCUUCCAUUGAGGAUCGUUUUCAAUUCCCAGUUUUAGGGGGUGCCGCUGUUAAGUCAUGA